AUAACUGUAUGGAAAGCAGACUUUCAAUCAUUAGUUUCCGAAAUGGAUCCUCUUUCGGGACUUUCUUUAGCAUGCAAUAUCAUGCAAGUCAUCUCCUUCUCAGCCGAGACAAUAAAACUUACCAGGCAACUAUGUAACGGCAAACCACCCGACUCCGAUGUCAAAGCGGCCGGCCAGUCUCUUAUGACAGCCACUACAAGCAUGAAGCAAUCACUACAGCCGGGAACAACCGAUGCAGCGCUUGUUCAGGUUGCUGAAGACCUUAUCGCAGUAGCAAAGUCGUUAGAUGAGCAGCUCGUAAAAUUAACGCCCUCCAAAAAUGCAUCAAAAUUACACAGUUUUGGAAAAUCGCUUGCAUACCAGAUGAAGCGAAAGGGCGAUGUGGACAAGCUUUUCCGUCAAUUAGAUAGGCUGCAAAGCCUUAUGCAAACGGAACUGCUCAUCAACUUGAGAGCUACUCUGAAGGAACAGCAGCUGAGCACGACGGAGCUGGGCAAAGACCUACAGAACUUUUAUAUUCAGAUUCUCAAUGGGUCAACUCGGGUAGAAGAUUUGGUUGAUCGCGAAUCCGGACAUAUCAAAACUUUGGUCACACAAGAAGCCCAAACAACAAGAGACCAUACCACAGAUCAUGCCCAGAAAACCCAGGCUCUAAUCGUAGACAUGGAACGAAACCGCAUCAGCGACGCAGCUUAUCAGCGAUUCCUCCAGAGCUUCCGUUUCCCACAAUUCAACGAAAGGCGCAACGCGAUCCAAGUGGCACAUACCAAAACUUUUCAGUGGAUAUACCAGGAGUCAGGAACUGCCACCGAAGACAACUACGCUUUUCAAGGGAAAAAUAAUUUCCGCAAAUGGCUCCGAGAUGGCGCAGGCAUCUACUGGAUCAGCGGCAAGCCAGGGGCUGGAAAAAGCACAUUGAUGAAGUUUCUACUUGAAGAUGAAAGAACAGGAGACAUCAUCAAUGAAACCUCUUCAGAACCAAUACUUACUGCAGCUUUCAUUUGGAGCGCCGGGAGCGUCCAACAGAGAAGCUUUGCUGGCGUACUGGGUACUUUACUCCAUGGAGCAUUUGCCCAAGAUGCAAAACUCUGUCGACGCGCCAUGACAAGCAACAAGAUUGUAUUUGAAGCCAAAAGUGAAUUCACCGACUGGUCAUCCGAGGAGCUCAACGAAUUGUUUAUCUCUCUAGACAAAAUUUCUUCGCGCUCUAUAUGCGUGUUCGUAGAUGGACUGGACGAGAUCGACCGCUCCGACCCAACAACAAUUAGAAGCCUAAUGAGCUGGCUAGAUCGCAUCAGUCUUCUCGAGCACUUCAAAAUUUGCGUCUCGAGUCGUCCAGAACACAUCUUCGAGUUGAAGCUUAGCCAAUGUCCCCAUCUACGGGUUCAUGAUCUCACCGCGCGCGAUAUCCGUGCCUAUGUGUCCAGCAGUCUCGGUCAGCUCGAUUGUGGAUUCGAAAUCCCAGAAGAAAAGUUCCAAGAACUGACCGGAGACAUCAUACGGCGUGCCCAGGGUGUCUUUUUGUGGGUUCGUUUGGUCGUCGAACACAUUCGCACGGAUCUGGACAACUUCCCAACGUGGCCUGCACUUGUCGAAAGAGUGGAAAGCCUCCCGCCAGAUCUUGAUCAAAUGUAUCAAGCGAUGUGGGAGCGACAGAAUGGGUCUCACACGUCUAUUCAUCGUGCGGAGGCAGCACUCUAUCUGAAUGUCUUGACGAGAGACAAUCCGCGGCCAUUCGUCGGUCCCAACCUCAUAGAAAUUUUCUUGGCAACCGACUUGAAUAUUCAAAAGAGCAUUUUGGGUGGAGGGAGUCCCGUUUCUCUAGCUUUCUUGACCGAGGCCUGCUCUCGUCUUCAGCCCCGGGUGUUAGCUAGAUGUGCUGGGCUUGUACACCUCCACCACUCGUCGCAGCCCCACGAGUAUGACAAGCAAGCAUCAUACAUGCUUUUCUAUUGGACUCAUAUCCGUUUCAUACACCGAAGUGCGAAAGACUUUCUCCUGGACACAGCCAUAGGCCACAGUAUUCUUAGCCACAAUACGUUAUCCGUUUGGGAGAACUUUCUGCGGCAAGUCAACUCUUUGCUGUGUGAGGGAGUGAUCAGUAGAAACCUACAUGAAGUCGAAUUUGCCAUAGGUUAUAUAGGGUCAGCUAGACAAGAGAUUCGAGAUCCUGUCUUGUAUUCGGCGUUUUUUGAACUUCUGCUUGCAAUACGCGUACGAAGGUGUAACUGGGAUCACCCACAAACACCCCCGUGGAUAGAUCCGGGGAUCAGCUCACUCGAGCGCGAUAAUUUAGCUUGGGUAAUCAAGCUUAGCAUUGCUCUCGUGGUGAACGGAUUUGGCAAGCACGUCCUUAACUAUAUGCGGUCGCUACCUCAAGAUCAACGAUUGAGUAUGGCAAAUAGCCUGGUGAUACAUAUAUCGGACAAUACAGGCAACCGCGAAAAGGAAAAGACAUUAGAAUUCGUUAUCGACUUACUGGAAUUUUACCAAGAAGCACAUCUGAGAAGAGAUUUCAGUCCUUUCAAGAGCGCACCGAUCGCAUGGUAUUUUUUCCACUUUACAUUAGGAUACCAUUAUCCUGAUUCAUCCAAACUUGACAUAUAUACCAAGUUACUUCUCGAAAAGUGUGGCGACUUCGGGGAUUAUAUCGAUUCGCCUAUCUUAACUGUGUCAGGAGCAGCGAGGAGUUCAUUUUACAUGCCCCGAUAUGCUGGUCGCAUUCGAAUGGCGGACGAAGAUCAUGAGGGAAAGUGGCUAGUACUGCUAGUGCAGACAAGCAUACUCUCUUCAUUCUUCCAGGAAGGAUCAAGAUUGCAGGAGGUCUACCAGAAAACCACUCAUGCGAGUAGCCCGAAGAUAUCUGGCGGAAAACCAACAUCUGAAAAGACAGUGAUGAUACUAGAGCUAAUCAGGGAUGAUCAAGAAUUGAUCGUCGACUUUUGCUCGAAGACGAUCGAGGAUACCGUAUUAAGGGUACCGAGAAGUGCGGUACCAUAUCCUGCUAAUUUAUUGACUCGUGUUCAAAAAGGUUCCCGGUUCUUAUCACUCUCUACUAUCACAGUCUGGCUUCGAAAGAGAAGCGGCUGGACUAGAGCAACUUACCAUUGUAGAACUUUACAAUUCGUGUCAAGGAAAGAAGCUUGAUA